UUUUGCUGCCAUCUAGUGGACAUUUUGAAGAUUGCAGAACUUAACUUAAAAAUUUAAAUUUAAAUUUAUUUUAUUUUAUUUUUAUUUAUAUUUAGCUUGAUUCCCUUUUGAUUUGCUGUACUCCAUACUUUUUCUUUAAAUAUGUAUUGAAAAAGUCAUGUUUAUAACCAUGCUGGGACACAAGGGUGGUUACCAUGGGCAACGCAAACAUUACAGCACACAAUUUAACGGUGACUGCAGUUUAGACUGCUGUGAUUAUUGGGUUUUGCUUUGUUUUUUGGGGUUAUUUUCCUCUUAACAUGCCACCCAAGAAGACCCCCGUUAAAAAGCCGAGUAGAGUUACACCCGCAGCUCCAAACAAGGACACAGGAGCGGCCAGUCUCCUCGGAGCACAGCUUGACGAGGACUCAUGGCGGUCUUGUGUGUCUUUGGUGGUUGGAAACAGUCCGGAGGAUGAGGAACUUAUCCAAGCGCUAGCUUCGGCUGUGCAGCAGCCACAGCGUAAACUCUUCACUUUGCUAACCCGAAACAGCAUCCUUAUGAAGAUUUCUGAACUUGGAAAUCUAAAAGGGAAAAAGGUGGAUGAUGUUUCUUUAUUUAAUGAGGUUUUGCAGUCUGCCAGGGUGUGGCUGGAUGCAGGAGAGGACAUCCCCUUUGACCUGAUGGCAAAAAUACUAAAGCUGCAACUGCUUCAAGUUAAAAGCAGUGAUCAGCAAAGACGAGAAGCUGAACAGACUGAGGCAGAAAAAGCGAAGGGCAACCCUCCCCCUGACAGCACGGAUAAAGCCAAAGGAUCUGACAAAAGGGGAAAGACUCCCUCCAAACCAGUGACCUCCUCCAUGGAGAAGAAAACCAAACUCCUGCGCCGGGGAGAAGUUGAGCCGCCCACAUAUAUAGACGAUGAGCCAGACUGGGGUCCUCAGCACUACGUUCUCCUGGCGGGCUUCUACCAGCCCCUCCUGAUCGCCGCCCUUGACGACAUCGGUGUCCACGUUGCCAAUGUCAUCAAGCUUUGCUGCGAUCGAACACAAAUCCACAGGAAGGAGCAGCAGAGCUGUGACGAAAGUGAGCAGAGCCAAGCAGCCUCUGCGUUCUCAGGAGCAGGAAGUUCUUCUUUAGAGUUGGCUGUUCAGGCCAGGAGGCUGGAUCUGUUCUGGUCAGAACUCAGAGCAGUUCUGGACAGCGGGCCGCCCCAUUCCAGGCUCCACGAUGUGGUUCCACUCAGCUACACUGUCCAAGACAUUCACACCCAAGACCCAGAGGAUGGGCUGGAGCUCGGGGGCCGGAUUUUUGAGGGCGUGGCCAAUCUGAUUUAUGACUGUUUGCAGUGGCGCCGGCAGCAUCAGCACUACCUUGACAGUCUGCAGCUUUUAGAUGUUUCAGGUUCAGGUCACAAACCUGCAGAGGUCGCUCCAACGCCUCCCUUGCAAAGCCCAAUCAGCUCGAUGAAGGCAGUUUGUAAGGAAUCUCUCAGAGACCAAGUGGACAUGUGUUACUAUAACUCCCUGCUGGACCUCGUUCCCCCUGAAGCCUGCUCCGUGCCCGUGAUGUUGCACUGCAUGCUGGAGCAGGUGGUGAUUUCCAAAGAGCAGCUCGCCGUAUCCAAUCACUCAGAGGAGCCUGAAGCUGACGAGAACGUGUGGUUAGACAGUCAGCUGGUCAGAUACAUGCUCCAGAGCGUCCUGCCUCAGAUACCCACAGAAGAGGAAAAACGUCUCAUAAUAAGUGACCUUCUAACUGCUGUGCAGAAGGACGACGAUAAGAAGAAACUGUUAGAGGAGUUUGAGGAAGAGGACGCUCAGAGGAAGACUGAAGCGCCUCUGGUCAUCAAACAUCUGGAUGAGAGGGCGUUACGGCUGAGGGACAUCUCUGUGGAGCACGGGUUCAAUCCAGCAGAGGUGGAGGCCUCCAUGAUGAGGUUAUCUCCUGUCUUGACACGGAUCCAGUCUGUGGAGAAGCGGAGGAACCAUACUUCCAGAUGGACGUCUGUCCGACAGCAGCUGCAGCAUUUCUGCACAGACGAGACAGUCACCUGGGCAGAGGUGGAGCGGCUCUUUCAUCUGAGCGUGUUUGAGGCCAUGGCGCUGACCACCGUGGAUCAGCGCGGCGUGUUACUGGAUGCUGUCAGACCUCCUGAAGGACUGCAAACAGCUCAGCGGCAGAGUCAAACCCUCAUCCCCUGGGAUGAUCCUGAAACCUUCGCCAAACAGCAGCUUCUCAACCUGAGAAACAAAGGUACAGAUGAGAUGUUUCCAUCUAAAGAUCUGAGCAACAAAGAGUUUUUAGCAAAAGGCGGCAGUCAUUUGGAUUUAUCUGACCUGCAGAGAUGUAGACAGAGAUCUCUGAAUGACCGGCGCUAUACUGAGCAUCACAGCGCCGAUGUCCUCCAGCAGGUUCUUCUUUUAGCCUCUGAGGAAUACCGCUGCCUGGACGCCUUUAGAGGAACACACACUGACACCCUGUAUAUUUUUUGCCACAAUCCCAUGAAUCCGGAUCGGCAGAAUCAGGAAUUCUGGGACGUUGCACUUCACACAGAUGUCAAAUUCAGGAAGUACUUGGAGCACGUGGCCGAUACUAUUACAGACUGGACAAGAGAGGAGGAGUCCAAAAAGGAGGUCUUUGGGAAUAAGAGCUUUGCUGAGGCUCCAGAAGAAGACGGGAUCGAUCCGGUUGUGACGGAGGAAGACACUCUGGAACCGGUUAUCAGAAAAGGCUCCUUAAAAGCCUGGAAAGCAGAGCAAGAGCAGCUGCAGGAGGAGGAAAUGGCCAAACGGCUAAAGACACCAAAGUCAAAGGGCAAGCAGCAGAAGGAGGCUCAGCCUUCAGCUGAAAAGGGCAAAGAUUUGUCCGCUGGAAAGAAAAGCCGACCGAAUACAGCAGGAAGCCAAAGAGAAGCUCCCAAAGAGCCCAUAGUCACAACAGAACAAAGAGAGGAACCGUCGAAGAGUUUCCAGGGCUACAGCAUGGACGGUCAGCUGAUCCACGUGUCGGGUCAUGUCCAGAACCUGUUCCCUUCAGAUGGAGGACACAUCACAGUGGAGAAUGUCAACUUUGUUGAAGGUUCCAGACUGAUGAAAGUGUCUGUGAAGAAAGAUGGACAUCAUUUCUACACUCACAUAAAUCGAGUUGUUGUUCAGCCUGUAAAACCUCCCGAGGGGCAACGAGACCAGACCCCUACUAACCUGACGGAGACCUCUAAAGUGGAGAGAAAAAUGGUGAAGCAAGGCUCGUUCACAGCAGAGCUGGAUAAUAAAAUCCACAUUUCGUACAGUUUUUACGGUCCCACGGGAGAGUACACAGGGAGUUCCCCAGAAGCAAAAGGAGAAACCUCAAAAGCCUCCACCCAGGAGCCACCUUCUCCUUCCACCACCCGCUAUUCUAAAGGGUGUGAAGACCAACCAGAUGCACCACCUCCAGGUCCAAUCAGCGGGUUUAAUGUUUCACUUCCAAGUGGCCUGUUGCUGCAGUUUCAGCCUGAGGACACACAAGGAACGAUUUUGGUGAGACAGAGCUUUCCGCUUCACGUCAGGAAAGGAGCGCAGCAUCUCCGAGACAAAUCUCUCUCCAGUGAACUGUCUCGAAUCAUCACUGGUCAGGGAGAUGUAGUCCGAUUCCUGAAAGAUGGCUCCACAGAGGUUCUGUGUGCAGAUGGUUCUGUCAGUGUUCGCAAUGAUGCUGGUCCAGUGUCGGAGUCCGACGGUGUUGAGAACCCCAAGAAAAGCGAGACUGCAGCAGAGGCUUUCAAACCAUGUUGGCAAACUACAACCCCAACCGGAAGUCGCAUCUGCACUGAUGGAACCACGAAUACCUCAUCCACUCCACUUCUGACCCAUAAGGCCACAGAUCCCAUCACCAAUCAGGUGAUGCUGAGUCGAGAGGAUCUGGUCGUUUCUGUGGAGAAUCCGGACGGAUCUCGAGUUGUCGAGCACGCAGACGGAACCAGAAUCACCAGCUUCCUACAGAACCUCCCACAGAACGGCCAGAAGCCCGAAGUGAGCCCUCUGGACUGGUGUCAUCAGAGCGGCUGCAAAUAUGAAAAGGAGGCUAUAACAAGCAGAAACACCUCUUCACGUAACGAGCAGGUGUCUUCCCUUCAGAACACAGAGACUGAUAAUGAAGUAGCAUGUGAGAUGGAUGACAGAGGAGCGUCCAACAAUGAGCGGGUAGUUAUGGUGGAGAAAGAAGGCCUCGCCACAGUGUUGAUGCACCCCCAACGCCACACAGCUCAGGCGUUCUUAGCAGACGGGACAGUCGUCACUGGCAACAGCCAUGGAGAGUAUGAGGUGUUCCCGUCCAGCGCUGGGUUCCUGCAGAUCCAGCGUGAUGGAACCUGCAUCUACUCCUCUGACCCUCUUGUGUCUCCCAAUCACAACAAAGCAGGAACUUAUACCAUGAGUCAUGCAGACAUGGUGGCAUGUAACAUGACGGAUGAUGAUGGGAAUCACUUCCAGGUAAUGGAGGAUGGACAGAUUUCAGUGUUAAAACUGAGUUCUGCUUCAAGCUCACGGGGAAGGUUUGAGGAGGAAGAAGACGGAGAACCAUCCGGAUUCAAACAUCGCCGUCCCAGAUUGUUUCUGCUGCAUGCCGAUGGCUCAGGCACUGAAUUCCUGAGCUCUCACUCCGUGGAGGAGUGGCUGGACAAAGCGUACUCUGAUCCGACUGUAGCGCUGCUGAAGGAGCCGCUGCCAAACAAACCAGAUGAGUUUGGCAUCACCAUCUUAAAGCCCAGCCCCCAGAGUGUAUGGUCCCAGUGGUUGCUAGGAAAACGGGUCCCUGAUGUCACUCCUCCAAACCUGAGAAACCACUGCUGGCAUGACUUUCCAGGAGUGGAGAAGAGGAGCCCAGGUCCCCCUUUUGGGACCAACGCUGGGGUUGGCCUGACCCUGAGGGAGAGGAGGGCGGGUCCUGCAGCCCUGCUUCAACCUGUGAGGAGCUGCCCUGAAGUUUUAGAGAUGAGGGAGCUUCACGAGCACAGAGCGUUCACCAAAACACUCAGGGACGCCGUUGACUCACGACUGAAGAAAUACAUUGAGAGUUUGAUGGAGAGAGAGCAGCUGUCAGAGGAGAGGAGAGUGAAAGACCCUCGCACUGAGGAGGAGCAGGAGCACGCCAGAGAGCUCUGCAGUCUCAUCCUGUGUUUUCCAGAGGAAGCUGAUCCAAGCAAUCCUGUUGAUAGCCGCCGGUCAGUGGGCAGCCUGUACUGUCAGGGAGUCAGAGCAUCAAUGGGGGGUGCACGUGUUCCAGAAGACUCUGAGAAAAAGGCUGGACACAGUUCUGAAGCUUUAAUCGAUGGUGUUGAUUCAAAAUGGUCUGAAAGGCUUUCAAAACACAGAUGUGAGCUGGACCAGGAGAAGACCUACAAGGAUGCUCUGAGGAAGAAAAACAUUGUUCCUUACUUUCAUCCAGAAAACUUUCCAUUAUUUCAAAGUCUCCUGCAGAAUCAAGCGUCCGUCAUGCGGAGGCACUCCACUAAUCUUCCACUGAUCUUAGAGUCCAAAAGUGAUGAGGGUUUCAUGAAUGAUGUUGAUCAAGAGUGCACACCACGACCCCUAAAUCCAACUCCAUCUCAGUCUGAAAGUCACGCAGCAGAAACAGAGGUGCUCCCCGGCAGCAGACCGUCCAACCCGACGCCACACACAGCCGGUGAAGGCAGCCUGAAGGGCUCCACCAGGCGAUGCAAGUCCGUUCAGGUGGAUGUGACCGGAAAGCUCAGGAAGACUAAAGUCAGGCUGCCGAACUGCAUCGUUAGUUCUAAAGCUCGCAGAGUGCCCAACCAAAAUCAGAGUUUUAACGUUCCGUUUGGGUAUCCUCUUGUCCAGUUCUUAACAGUGGAGGAACCAGUGAGGAGGAAGUGUCGGACGGCGUCUCUUGCUGACCCUGAGGCCACAAUAAGAGGCUUCCAGCUCCUGCCGUGGAGCGUGGACUUCGGCGUGGUCGAGGCGGGGACCCUCUCCACCGCUGCAGUGUUCAUGAAGAAUGUGGGCGUUGACACGUGCAGGUUUCACGUGAAGCAGCCCCCUCUUGCCACAGGUCUGCGUGUUUUCUACAACCCUGGACUCGUGGCUGCAGGUCUGCAGACUGAAUUGAAGGUUCAGCUUUUUGCCAUGAGUUCACCUCAAACAGAAACAGAACCAAAGAAGUACAUCUCCCAGGACAUCAUCAUCCAUACUGAGACUGACAUCCUCUAUCUGCCUGUGACCGCUAUCAUCGUUCCUGAGCGGCUCAAGGAUGAGGAAAACACCAAAGAACAGAAGAAGAGUGACUCAACGAGCAAAAAUGCUCCUCAGGCUUGUUUGUGAACGCAAAUGACUAUCCUACAAUAAUAAAUGUCUUCAGAUUUCA